AAAAGAAACGAAAUAUAAAACUAAAAUGAAAACAAAAGAUAGAGAGAGAAGAAGAUGAAGUGCACUUUCCUACUUUUAUGUGUUGCACGCAUCCAUGGCAUAAAUCACAAGGAAAACCAGAGUACUAUUAUAAGGCCAACAACAAGAACAGAAGAAAAGAAAAUAGCUAUUUAGCAACAUUCUUAUUAUCAUCAAAAAACAUUUUACCACUCUCCACAAUCUUGGCUUAGCUAAUUUGUCUUAUUCUCCAAGAAGAAGAAGAAGAAGAAGAAGAAGAAGAAGAAGAAGUACAAAAGAAGCAUCAAAGAAGAAAGAAGUCAUUUUGUGGACUGUAUGAUUGUACAUGAAUGAGUUUUUCUCUUGUGGGGUGUCCUUAGAUGGACAUCUUCAGUUCCAAUCAAAAACAAUUUCUUUGCACAUUUUCUAGGUGAUAUCUUUUGAUUUGAGGCCAAAACUUUUGUGGGUAUACUUUAGAUGAAGGGGAUGCCCUUACCCUUUGAUUUUGAGGGGAAGGGGGUGUUAGACUUGGACGUUGUGUUAAAUAAAAAUAGUAUCUUCAAUUCUUGGAACUACAAUAGCAAAGAAAGUUGUUAUCUUGUAAAUAGUCCAAGUGCUGUACUGGAUAUUAUAAGGAGUCCAAGGCCUGUUACUUCCUCUUCAACCCUGUCUUCGUCUUUUGGUGGUGGUGGUGGUGGUGGUGGCACUGCUUCCACAGAUACGGCAGGCGCAGUUUCUGCAAACCCAUCUUCUAAAUGGCAGCAGCAGCAACAACAAGACAACACCACUGCCACCAGUUCCAAUGUAGGAGGAGCUGCUGCUGAAUCUGAGCUUCUACAAGUUGCUGCUGCUACAGAAGGGAAGAAAUGUGGUAUGGAGGAGUGGGAAGGUGGGUUAUCAGAGUCUGUAAUGGCUUCUCCUUGUCAAGAACAGUCUAUACUUGGGUGGAUAAUGGGCGAUGUAGAUGACACCUCCAUGUCUAACUUGAACAAGGUGUUGCAGGUUAGUGGCCCUAUGGACUAUGAAUUCAAUGCAGGAUUUGGGGUUGUGGAUCAAGGUUUUGGUGUUGAUCAAAUUGGUACUAGUAGUUUCAUGCCUGCAAUUAAUAGCUCUUCUGUUUCAAGUUUUCCUCCUACUACUACCAGAAUGAACAGUGACAAGAUUGGCUUGCUUUCUAACAUACCAACACAUCUCCCUCAAAAUCCAAUCUUUCCUUCAUUCUCUAACAAUCUUGGCCCAGUUUCCUUCAGUCAGACACAGCAGCAGCAGCCAUUUGAGAGCACAGAUUUGAAGCCUCAGAGUUUCCACUCACAGUUCUUGAUUGACCAGCACCAAACACAGAUUCCUCAGAACCCAUCAUUUCUUUUGCCAUUGCCAUUUGCACAGCAGGAGCAAAAUCUUGUCUUGCCACCAAAGGCGAAAAGGCACAACCCCGGGACCCUUGAACAGCCGGGCUCUCAGAUCUCCCAAGGACUGUUUAUAGAUGCAGGAGAACAGCAACCAACACCAUCCCAUCAGCUCCAGCUGCUUCCCCAUUUUAGGCCAGGAGGACCAAUAGGAACAAAGCCAAAGAUGGUGGGGGAAGAAAUGGGGCAGUUUCAUCAACUACAACUACAGCAGCAGCAGCAGCAACAGCAACAACAAGCAAUUAUUGACCAGCUAUUCAAAGCUGCAGAGCUGGUCCAGACAGGGAAUCCAGUACUCGCGCAAGGGAUAUUGGCGCGGCUCAAUCACCAGCUCUCUCCAAUUGGUAAGCCUUUCUAUAGGGCUGCUUUUUAUUGCAAGGAGGCUUUACAAUUGCUACUUCAUACCAACACCAACAACUUGAACAACCCCUCUAUACCAUCUUCUUCACCUUUUAGUCUCAUCUUCAAGAUUGGUGCCUAUAAGUCCUUCUCUGAGAUCUCACCAGUUGCACAGUUUGCUAAUUUCACUUGUAACCAAGCCCUGCUUGAGGUCUUGGAUGGGUUUGAAAGAAUUCAUAUUGUUGAUUUUGAUAUCGGCUAUGGCAGGCAAUGGGCUUCUCUUAUGCAAGAGCUUGCCUUGAGAAGUGGUGGCGCACCUACCCUGAAAAUAACUGCAUUGGCCUCACCCUCCACACAUGACCAACUAGAGCUUGGACUCACUAGAGAAAGUUUGAUCCAUUUUGCUAACGAAAUUAACAUGGAAUUCGAGUUUGAGAUUUUAAGCAUUGAUUCUUUGAAUUCAACGUCGUGGUCACUGCCUCCUCUAGUCUCAGAGAAUGAGGCAAUUGCUGUCAAUCUUCCUGUUAGCUCGCUUUCGAGCUAUCAGCUGUCGCUCCCAUUGGUUCUUGGUUUCGUGAAGCAGUUGUCGCCUAGGAUUGUUGUUUCUGUGGACAAAGGUUGUGAUCGGACUGACCUACCAUUUCCAAACCAUGUAAUUCAAGUCCUUCAGUCGUACUCAAACCUUCUUGAGUCGUUAGAUGCCGUAAAUGUGAAUUUUGAUGCACUCCAAAAGAUUGAAAGGUUCUUGCUCCAACCAAGAAUUGAGAGAACUGUAAUGGGACGUUUUCGUUCCCCUGAAAAGGCGCAGCAUUGGAGGGCACUGUUUUUGUCAUCCGGACUCUCCCCAUUACCUUUCAGCAAUUUUGCAGAAUCACAGGCAGAGUGUGUGGUGAAGAGAACUCCUGUUCGGGGUUUUCACGUGGAGAAGAGGCAGUCUUCGCUUGUUCUCUGCUGGCAACGAAAGGAGCUCAUAUCUGCUUCAGCUUGGAGGUGCUGAGGAAAAGAAAUUAAAUUUGCAGUUGCCAACCAACCAUAAAAAUGAAGGUGCUGCAAAGUCACUUUUUUUAAGUAUCUGAACCUUUCAAUUUUCACUUGCUAAUUUUUCUUGUGGCAUAGGCAGAUUGUUUCGGUGUUAUAAGAACAAUCAAACAUUAUGUUAACUAGUAUUUUACUAUAGUUCCUUAUCUCAGGGUCUGUUUAAUUGUGGUAUUACUGUCAUGGAGCUCUAUAAUUUUCUGGAGGUAGGCAUAUAUUCGCAGUUUCUAGUUAUGCUGGGAACCUUGUUGUACUCUUGGCAACAUUACAAAGCCAGAAAUCAGAAAAGAUGGAAUUUUAAAUCAUUUCGUUGA